AUGGCCGUUCCCUUCGCAGCGACGCUCGAAGCACUCGAAAAGCUCCCUGCGAACCCGAAGAAUAUCGUGUACAUCAUCUCAGGGCGGGAUGCCUUCUUGGGACGUCGUCUGGUACAUGGCUGUCUGGGCUGCACAGGAUGUUGGAAUUCACCGUCGGAAGCCUUGAGGAUGAGCUGUCUAAGCGAGUCUUCUGGUUUUAAUCGCCUUUGA